UUUACUCAAAUGGCUGCUAACGGUGGCUGCAAGGGUGAAUCUAUUUUUCCAAAGCAUGUCAUCAUGCUCAUAGCCAUAAUUAUGAGCUUUGGAGUCAUCUCUUGUUGUCUCGGCCAUGUGAGAGACGAUCAUGAUGAUCGUCUCGGGACGGAGGGGAGAAGCUGCAUAGAGAGUGAGAGGAGAGCUCUCCUUGCCAUUAGAUCUGAUAUGUACGACUCCAACGAAAGGUUCUCUUCUUGGAUCGGUGAAGAUUGUUGUCGUUGGAGAGGAGUGGCCUGCGACAACACCACCAACCAUGUUAUCAAGCUCGACCUCCGCUAUCCUCUCACAGACGACUGGGAUGACGAGGAUGACAUUUGCUUCAUGCUGGAAGGGAUGGGUGCGAGCAAGGUAAAUCCUGCUUUGCAUGAUUUGAAGCAUUUGAAACAUCUGGAUUUGAGCAUGAAUAAUUUCUCUGGCUCCCACAUUCCCCACAUGAUUGCUUCACUUAUGCACUUGGAAUAUCUUAACCUAUCCAAUGCUAUGUUUGAUGGACUAAUACCUCCUCUACUGGGGAACCUCUCCAACCUACACUACCUCGAUAUCAAAGGAUGUAGACUUAGUGUUCUACGAGCUGAUGACCUUGAUUGGCUUUCCCGAAUUUCUUCUCUAAAAUAUGUUGAUAUGAGUUUUGUCAACCUCUCUAGAGCAACUAAUUGGCUUCAUCAAGUUAAUUCAAUCCAUAGUCUUAAAGUAUUGCACUUGAAGUGGGCAAACCUCCCGUAUGUUCCAUCUCCUUCGUUCCCUUUUAAUCUGACUUCAAUUGUCAAGUUGGAUAUCUCUGGAUAUUUGAACUUGAAUACAACAAUUAUAAGAUGGCUCUCUCAUGCUAGCAGCCUUGUAUAUCUCGAUCUUGCUAGCUGCAAAGGUGUCGAUAUUGAGUCACUACAAAUCACUCUGGGAGCUCUGAGUAAUUUGAAAGAACUUAAUUUGCAAUACAAUGGUAUGAAAGGAGAAAUUCUUGGAAUAGUAAUGAAUGUGAGCAAGAGCUUAAAGCAUUUGGAUUUGAGUGGAAAUUCAUUAAGUGGAGAUAUUACACAAAUCUUAUGGAGUCUUGGCCCCGUGGAGUAUCUUGCAUUAGAUGGUAACGAGCUCGAUGGAGAUAUUUCAGAAAUGGUGAAAAAUUUCACAAGCAGCUUGCGAUAUUUAAGUUUGAGAUCCAAUCAUAUUGCUGGAGAAAUUCCACAAACCAUAGAGAAUCUCACCAAUUUAGAAUACUUGGAUCUCUCUUACAACAGUAUAACUGGAGGCAUACCGAUGACUUUUGGUAAUAUCAUCAACUUAGAGAGCUUGAGAUUGUCAAGAAAUAAAAUUUCAGGACAGAUACCAGAAAGUAUUGGGAAUCUCCAAAAUAUACUAUCUCUAGAUUUAUCUGAAAAUUUUAUUGCUGGGCAGAUGCCAGAGACCUUCGACAGACUCUACAACUUGGAAUAUUUGAAUGUAUCAUAUAACAAUUUGAGUGGAAUUGUCCCUUCAAGUAUGGGUCAAUUAUCUGCAUUAAGUGAAUUGGACCUCUCCUCAAAUUCACUGAAAGGCAACAUCACUGGAGCACACUUUUCCAAACUCACCAAUUUAACCUUAUUGGACAUAUCUUACAACUCCUUGAAUGUGAUCCUAUCUAAUGAUUGGCUUCCACCUUUUAAUGCCUACAGUAUUUUCAUGGACUCAUGUCAUAUGGAAACCAUAUUUCCUGCUUGGAUUCAUACACAAACACGUUUGGAACAACUUUCUUUAUCUGGAGUUGGACUCUCAGGCAACCUUCCGACUUGGUUUUCGGAUUUCUCAAAAGGUUUAUCGAAUCUUAACUUGAGCUCCAAUAACUUAAAUGGCCCACUACCCUCUGCUGCCAAUGAAGUGAUCGAUCUCUCUAAUAACUCAUUUGUCGGACCCAUUCCAUUGAGUUUUGCAAAUACCUCGAAUCUUGCAAUUUUAUCUUUAUCUCAUAAUAAUAUCAACGGUAGUUUUCCUUCCUUUUUCUGUAAUUUUAAUUAUCUCCAAGUCCUCGACCUAUCAAACAACAAUUUAUCUGGGGAAGUCCCAACUUGCCAUAAAUCCUUUCCAACUUCUCUACAGUCCCUGCAUUUGAACCACAACAACCUAUCUGGAAGAUUUCCUUCGUUCCUGAAACAUUGUGAACAAUUAGUUACUCUUGGUCUCGGUGAAAAUAAUUUGUAUGAUGAAAUACCAACAUGGGUGGGAGAAAACCUUUUAUCCUUGAGAGUUCUUUGUUUGAAGUCAAACCUAUUUUAUGGUCCCAUUCCAGUGCAUAUAGCAAAUCUUACUUCUCUUCAGGUUUUGGAUCUUUCUUCCAACAAUCUUUCUGGUAGCAUACCUUCAUCUCUGGGAAAUUGUAGGGCUAUGGUUGAGAUGCAACAUGAUACUACGUCAUUGCUUCAUCUUGACGCUGGUAGUUACUAUGUCGAGAGCAUAGUAAUAACGGUAAAAGGAUUUGACAUCCAAUACACCACAAUUCUCUCACUUGUAACAAGCAUAGACCUAUCAAAUAAUAAUCUUUCCGGAGAGAUCCCAAGAGAGCUAACAAACCUUCAUGGAUUGCUUUUCUUGAACUUAUCUAAGAAUCAUUUGGGAGGAACCAUUCCAGAAAAGAUUGGUUCCAUGGAACAACUGGAAUCACUUGACUUAUCGAUGAACAAUCUCACCGGGGAUAUUCCUUCCAGCUUAUCAUCUCUCACCUUCCUAAGCCACUUGAAUCUCUCUCACAAUAACUUGUCAGGAAGAAUCCCAACAGCCGGUGGUCAAAUGUCGACCUUUCUUGGCGACCUGUCGAUCUAUGAUGGUAAUGAAUACCUUUGUGGUACGCCGCUGCCAGAGUGUCCUGGUGAUGAAGCUUAUCAAAGUCCACCUCAUGAACAGGAAGAGAAAAACGGUGACAGGCUUGAAACAGUGUGGGAAAUUAUCGGCAUCGUCAUGGGUUUUGUGGUUGGUUUUUGGAGUUUUAUAAGCACAAUGAUCAUGAAACAGAGCAUAAGGACUGCUUUCUUCCGAUUAAUCGACGAGGCUUGCAAUUGGUGCUACGUGCAGUUGGCUGUCGGAUGUGCAACGUUAAAAGUCCAAACAGCAAAGAGUGACUUGAUCCAUCGGUGGCAAGAACUGAAGAGUUUACUGUGACAUCUUAAGGAGGUCUCAAGUUGCUUUCCAGUUAGUAAUUCCAGCUCAUAUGUUAUGGUGUAAUGUUGUCAGAAUAAAGAAGGAAAGGGUAUCGCAGUUGAUAGCCAUUUGCUUCAUUAGUUUGUAUGUAUUUGUUCUAAUCAGUUCAAAAACUUCAUCUACGGUCGUUCUAAUCAAUAUGUUCGAGUCAGUCAUCCCUACCGUUGUCUUUAUGACAUUAUAAUCAAGAAGAAUGAAGUAUGCUGAAGAGCUUAUUAUUACAUCUUGAGGUCACAAGCUGCUUUCAAGUAAUGCAUGCUGUAUGUAAUCAUCAUGCAAUGCGGUCAGAAUAAAGAAGGAACAAGUAUCAAGUAAUGCAUUCCUUCUAAUCUCUUCAAAUACUUUUUAUCUACCGUCGUUCUGUUAUCGCUUUCCUUUCAAUACAUUGCCUCGUUAAUUGGAUGUCGACACAUGCUUUUCUUUGUGUUCUUUGAUAUGGCAGCUUCUGUUGGCAAUUUUUGUGGCUAUUAGUAGUCUUCUGUUGACAUCCAUUGUCAUGCUCGAUCUCUCUGGUUAUUAGAACUCAAGUAAUGCAAGUAUUCUAAGAUGGCUCACUAAUGCUAGCAGCCUUGCACACAUUGGCAAUCUUCAAAGUCUGCAGGUUUUACAUCUGUCUCGUAACUCUGUUACCGGGCAACUACCAGAAACAAUUGGCAAACUCGACCUCUUGCAGUUCUUGGAUAUAUCAGAUCAACCACUUAGCAGGGCAGAUGCCGAGGACUUUAAGUUUGUCGAGUUGUAGUGGAGGAGCAGCCUUGUCAUACUUACGUAUUGAGGGCAACAAAUUUAAUGGCAUUAUUCCAUAUAAUUUGGGUCAAUUUUCUGGAAUGUACAGGUUGGACCUCUCCUCAAACUCACUAGAAGGCGACAUCACUGAAGCACACUUUUCCCAGCUCCUUCAGCUUGGAAAAUUUGGACAUAUCUUACAGCUCCUUCAAAUUGGCUUCCCCCUUUUGAUGCUUCAUUUAUUGACAUGAGUUUCUGUCAUAUAGGAACUAAAUUUCCUACUUGGAUUCGAAGCCAAACUAAUUUGAGAAGCCUUCAACUAUCUGGAGUUGGACUCGCGGGCAAAGUUCCAGCUUUGUUCUCGGAUAUGUCUACAGGAAGCAUUGCAACAAGCAAUUUAAAUGACCCCUCAAUCUAUGUUGGCAACAAAGACCUUUGUGGUACGCCACUGCCUGUGUGCCCUGGAGACGUUGCUUAUCGAAGCCUACCUCCUGCAGCAAUUGAAGAAGAAGAAGAAGAAGACAGUGAUGGCGAGCUUGAAGGUGUAUUAGAAAUUACAAGCAUCGUCAUGGGAUUCGUGGUGGGGUUUUGGAGUUGUUUCGGCAUAAUGAUCAUGAAACAGUCUCUAAGGGUUGCUCUCUUCCGUUUGACAGACAAGACUGGUGAUUGGGUCUUCGUGCAGUUGGCAGUAAGGUUUGCAAGGCUGAAGUCCAAAUCGAGAAGAACCACAUGAACUGUCGCAGGAAACUUGGGUGGCACAUUUACCAUUACAGCUUGAGAUCAUACGGUCAUUUCCACCAAGUCGCCCAUAUGUAUUAUCGUGUAAUGCUAUCAGCAAAAACAACUCGAGCUAUCUAUGCUGUUCUAUAUAUAGAACACUUGGGUGGCACAUUUACUAUUACAGCUUGAGAAUAUAUGGUCCUUUCCACUAA